AUGCCGGAGGAAACUUGGGUGAAGGAAUUAGUAACGAGUCGCCCGUCUCGUGUCCCCGCAGGGUGCAGAUUUGGCGCUGCUGUUCUGUCGACAACCUACAACUGUCUCCAGGUUGCCAACAUUCGACAAGACAGUGAUAAACGUGGUUAUAAUUGUGACCUUAGCAGAACACUCAUUUUGACUAUGUUCGGUAUCUGGCCUUCUGUGCAUUUAGGCUUAUUUCUUGUUGCAUUUUGCUCAUCACAAGCAGAGCGGAUUUCACUGACUGCACUACCGUCUAACUUCCCUCAAAACGGAUCCCGAUUACAACUUGUCUGCCACUUCCAGGACGAAAAGAAAUUCGCAAUUGUAUGGAAAAAGGAUGGCCAAAACGUCGGGGAAGACUGCAUAAAGUUUAAAACACUGAAUGAUACUAUAUCCUGCAACACCAGUAAAGAAAGUGUUGCAUGGACACUGGAUCCAGUGACUCACUCAACUGGUGGUAAUUGGUCCUGUUCCCACGGGAUUCUAGUAUCUUCUGUGUAUAUUUCUGUUAAUGUUGCUUAUUUUUUAGUUCCUCAAAGGCUUGAGCUUCCAAAGAUUGAAACUUACUCAACUGGUGUUCUUCAGUCAACUGCGGCUACCAUGUCUGAAACACUCAUGGACGUGAUGCCCUACCUAGGCUCUGGUACGCGCUCGGAUCCUAUUAAUAUGAUUGACGGCCGAUUUCCUGAGACGAAGUCAUUAUUUUUCGAAUGCGUCUCCGUGUGUGCCUCAGAAACAAAGCCUUUGGUCUGGAGUUUGGCGAACAGUACUAUAUAUAGAAGAUACCCUACCUACAAAACAAGAAAAAUGGAUGAUCGGGACUGUCCUACCGGUUUAACUUCGGCGAAAAGUCGAGCAUUGCUUACCUGUGCCUACAGCAAAGCUGAGCAGUCGCUUCCAAACAAACUGGAACUCACUCAUCCCCUCUCCAUUGAUCUCAAACUUUCGUUGGUUGGCCUUAACGUAGUCUACUGUUCAACUGACCAACAAAAACGUGUGCACCACGGCUUUAAUAAUUCGUGUCCCGAUGCUUUGCACAAUGAAGAUUCUACUUCAGUAUGUGCCUAUGUGCUCUGCGAUGGCCCACCUCCGCCACCGCUUACCAAUGGAGAGAAGACUGCAAUCGGAAUCGCCACUUUCCUUUUCAUUAUAAUGGUCAUUAAUGUCUGCAUUUUCACUCUGCGGCGUCGGAAAGCCGAAAAGACAAAUCGUGUGACUCAUUUCCACGACCCCCUGUACCCCCAUCACCCACACGCUGAAGUUGAGUUGAUGUUAUAG